CGCACCCCCGGCCCCCGAGCCCGGCGCUGCAGGAUGCCGGGGGGCAAGAGAGGGCUGGUGGCACCGCAGAACACCUUCCUGGAGAACAUCGUCCGGCGCUCCAGCGAAUCCAGUUUUUUGUUGGGAAACGCCCAGAUUGUGGACUGGCCCGUAGUUUACAGUAAUGACGGAUUUUGCAAACUCUCUGGGUACCACCGAGCUGACGUCAUGCAGAAGAGCAGCACCUGCAGUUUUAUGUAUGGUGAACUGACAGACAAGAAGACCAUUGAAAAAGUCAGACAGACUUUCGACAACUAUGAGUCAAACUGCUUUGAAAUUCUCCUCUACAAGAAAAACAGAACCCCAGUUUGGUUCUACAUGCAAAUUGCACCUAUAAGAAAUGAGCAUGAAAAAGUGGUUUUGUUCUUGUGCACUUUUAAGGAUAUCACUUUAUUCAAGCAACCGAUUGAAGAUGAUUCAACAAAAGGCUGGACCAAGUUUGCCCGGCUGACGCGGGCGCUGACCAACAGCCGCAGCGUGCUGCAGCAGCUGACGCCCAUGAACAAGGCUGAGGUGGUGCACAAGCACUCCCGCUUGGCUGAAGUUCUCCAGCUGGGAUCUGAUAUUCUUCCUCAGUACAAGCAAGAAGCUCCAAAGACUCCACCACACAUUAUACUCCACUAUUGUGCUUUCAAAACCACCUGGGACUGGGUCAUCCUAAUUCUAACCUUCUACACAGCAAUCAUGGUUCCAUAUAACGUGUCCUUCAAGACAAAGCAGAACAACAUUGCCUGGCUGGUGCUGGACAGCGUCGUGGACGUUAUUUUUCUGGUGGACAUUGUUUUGAACUUUCACACCACCUUUGUUGGCCCUGGGGGAGAGGUUAUAUCUGAUCCCAAGCUCAUAAGGAUGAACUACCUGAAGACGUGGUUUGUGAUUGAUCUUCUGUCCUGUUUACCAUAUGACAUCAUCAAUGCCUUUGAGAACGUGGAUGAGGGAAUCAGUAGCCUCUUCAGCUCCUUAAAAGUGGUGCGCCUUCUGCGGCUGGGCCGGGUGGCCAGGAAGCUGGACCAUUACCUGGAAUAUGGUGCUGCUGUGCUGGUGCUCCUGGUGUGUGUCUUUGGGCUGGUGGCCCACUGGCUGGCCUGCAUCUGGUACAGCAUUGGGGACUACGAGGUGAUCGAUGAACUGACCAACACCAUCAAAACAGACAGCUGGCUCUACCAGCUGGCCCUGAGCAUCGGGACCCCAUAUCGCUACAACACCACGGGCUCGGGCCAGUGGGAGGGAGGGCCCAGCAAAGACUCCUUGUACAUAUCCUCCCUCUACUUUACCAUGACAAGCCUUACAACCAUAGGAUUUGGGAACAUUGCACCCACCACGGAUGGGGAGAAGAUUUUUUCGGUGGCCAUGAUGAUGGUUGGCUCUCUUCUUUAUGCAACUAUUUUUGGAAACGUCACCACCAUUUUCCAGCAAAUGUAUGCCAACACCAACCGGUACCACGAGAUGCUGAACAAUGUGAGGGAUUUCCUAAAAUUAUAUCAAGUCCCAAAAGGCCUUAGUGAAAGAGUCAUGGAUUACAUUGUCUCAACCUGGUCCAUGUCUAAAGGAAUUGACACAGAAAAGGUCCUGUCGAUCUGCCCCAAGGACAUGAGAGCAGACAUCUGCGUGCACCUCAACAGGAAGGUUUUCAAUGAGCACCCUGCCUUCCGGCUGGCCAGCGAUGGCUGCCUGCGAGCCCUGGCCGUGGAGUUCCAGACCAUCCAUUGUGCCCCGGGGGACCUCAUCUACCACGCUGGGGAAAGUGUUGAUGCCCUCUGCUUUGUGGUCUCAGGGUCCUUGGAAGUCAUCCAGGACGACGAGGUGGUGGCUAUUUUAGGUAAAGGUGAUGUUUUUGGUGAUAUCUUCUGGAAGGAAACCAGCCUGGCCCAUGCCUGUGCCAACGUUCGGGCUCUGACCUACUGCGAUUUGCAUAUAAUCAAGCGAGAAGCCUUGCUGAAAGUGCUGGACUUCUACACUGCUUUUGCCAACUCCUUCUCCAGGAACCUCACUCUCACCUGCAAUCUGAGGAAGAGGAUCAUCUUCAGGAAGAUCAGCGAUGUCAAGAAGGAGGAAGAAGAGCGCCUGCGCCAGAAGAACGAGGUGACCCUGAGCAUCCCCGUGGACCACCCCGUGCGGAAACUCUUCCAGAAAUUCAAGCAGCAGAAGGAGAUGCGCAACCAGGGCUCCAGCCACGCCGACCCCGAGCGGAACCAGCUGCAGGUGGAGAGCAGGAGCGUGCAGAACGGGGCCUCCAUCACGGGCACCAGCGUGGUCACCGUGUCCCAGAUCACGCCCAUCCAGACCACCCUGGCCUACAUGAAAAGCAGCGAGGCCGUGAAGCAGAACAACCGCGACGUGAUGGAGCUGAAGCCGAACGGGAACGGAGAGCAGAAAUGCCUCAAGGUGAACAGCCCCAUGAGGAUGAAGAACGGGAACGGGAAGGGCUGGCUCCGGCUGAAGAACACCAUGGGUGCCCACGAGGAGAAGAAGGAGGACUGGAACAACGUCACAAAGGCCGAGUCCAUGGGGUUGCUGUCCGAUGACCCCAAGUCCAAUGACUCGGAGAACGGUGUAAAUAAAAACCCACUGAGGAAAACAGACUCUUGUGACAGUGGGAUCACAAAAAGUGACCUUCGCUUGGAUAAAGCUGGUGAGACUCGCAGCCCCCUGGAGCACAGCCCCAUCCAGGCGGAUGCUAGGUGUCCUUUCUACCCCAUUCCUGAGCAGGCCUUACAAACCACGCUGCAGGAAGUCAAGCACGAACUCAAAGAAGAUAUCCAGCUGCUAAGCAGCAGGAUGGCUGCCCUUGAGAAGCAGGUGGCAGAAAUUUUAAAAAUAUUGUCUGAAAAGAACGUAUCCCAGCUCUCUUCCCCCAAGUCUCAUUUAUCACCCCAGUCCCCUCCCCAGAUAUCCUGUCAGGAUAUUUUUAGUGUUUCGAGGCCUGCAUCACCCGAAUCUGAAAAAGAUGAAAUCCACUUUUAGCAUAUACCUAUGUGUAUAUAUGUAUACAGUAUAUAUGCAGAGGUGUAUAUAUACCUUUAUACAUAUAUAUAUAUAAAUGUGUGUGUAUACGGUAAAUAUAUAUACAUAUAUAUUUUCACUUGCAUCCAAUAUGACUUGAACACACCAAGGAUUUUGAUAUGUAAAUAUUGCAUGUCCAGCUGGAUUCUGGCCUGCCAAAGAAAGCAAUUAUUAACAUAGAUAUUGCUUGUAUAAUAUGCAGUUGACUGCAUGCACACUUUACAUUUAUUUAUAAUCUCUAUUAUGUAAUAAAAGAAUGACUUUUGUUUAACAAAGGCAAUGUACUAUUUAAAGAAUCAGGGUCUAACCUGCCAAUAUUGCCAUGACAGUUUUGAUCUCAGGCUGGGUGAAUUGAGCUUUUAUUUCCUCACUGUCUUUUCUGCCGAGUUAAACAGUAGAUUAAUAUGACGUGAAGGACACGUUCAGACUCCUGUUAGUAUUGUUUGUUUCCUGGUAUCAUUCCAUGACAAUAUACUGUAUAUUUGGUGAUGAAUUCCCCUACUCCUCCUAAAGGGAGGGCUCAGCUCAGUGGGCAGGGAAGGGCACCGUGCCUGGUGCUAGGGUGGACCACUGGAAUUUAUUUGUGUGGGUAUUGUGCAUGCACAGCCUUUUAUUUCAAGUAUCCUCCUGCUCUUUUAACAUCGUAAGUAAGAAAUAAUAAUAAUAAGAAUAAUAACAAUGGUGAUUUAUGUAACAAAAUGAAACUAACAGAAACUCAGUUGCACUCCCUGAGUGUUUGGGGGUAACUUAUUUCUUGAAAGCCUCCUUUUACUGAUGCCAUUUUUACUGAACUGUUAGAGUAACAUUAUGUAAAUUCUCUUUGCAGCACUCAGUGGUGGUGUCCGGUUCUGUCAGUAUCUUCAUUAGCAUGUCCCAUUUUUGUGGGGUUGAGGUUGCUCUCCCCCUGUCCCCCCUAUUGCCCCUGGCAGAAAGACUUUGCACGAGGUCUGAGGAAGGGAGAGAACACUCACAGUUCAGCUUCUUGGGAACAACGGGAGCAGAUUUGAAAGCCUGAAGUUAAAAGGCUGCAGUAAAUCCCCUCCACUCUUUUUCAUGAGGAUAUUUAUCAGUCUGCAGCUGCCUUUAGAAAGAGAGACAAUAACUGGUCAGGGUGUAGUUCUGUGUAGUCCAAGGUGCUUGGAUGAUGCUGGGAGGGUGGUGGGUGUGCUGGGGGAUGGAGCCCUGCCUGGAGUGCUGCUCCUGCCUGGGGCUCCUGCAGGUCUCAGUGCAUGGAGGGGCCACGUUUCAGGAGCGGGCUUGCAGUGCCCACAGGUCCCACACACACCGAGUCCCUCAGGCUGGUGUCAGAGGCUCUGUCCCUCCUCUUAGCUGCCUCCCAUCAGCAUCUGCCAGCCUUGGGCUGUGCUCAGACCCCCUCUCCACUCCUGGGCUGGAGCUGCUGGCUUUGCAGGGCUGCAGCAGGGCAGGCUUUGCACUGGAUCUUGUUUGGUCUCCUGUUUGGAGCUGGACUUUUGGACUCUGCCCCUGAGUGUGGUGAGGGUUUUUGCCUCUCCAUUUGCACUGGUUUGAAUCCAGGUACACAAGAUGCAUAGCAGAAAUUGCCAUUGCAGCUUCAGAGCUGUUACCUGGUAUAGUUUGAGGCCAACCCAGCAGAGCACAGUGGCCCCUUCAGAGAAGGAUUCCCCCUGGCUCUGGCUUAAAUGACCUCUUGUAUCAAGAUCCUGUUUUCAAAAGUGCCUGGAGUAAAACAUGGAUGUACCACAAGGCAUCACUAUGAUUCAGGUAUAUCAAAUACAUGGCUAUAAUUAGUGAGCAUUCUAAACACACACCAGUAUUAGAUCCAUUUUUUAACAUUAGAAAACUAGACUAAACAAAAUCACAUCCUGAAAAACUAACAAAACCCCUAAACCCAAACAAACCAUCAUUUGCAGUAGUGGCAAUUAGGAAUCAACAUCUUAGGGUGAACAUAUCUUUGACUGUGAAAUGCAAACCCAUAGAGCUCCAAAAGUUCAUAAGAAAGCCAGAGAAGUCAUUGCUUCUGUUGUGUUAACUCAUGGAGGCUUUUGGGGAGAUGACAGUUUUUUCUCUCCUGUUUUUGCCUCUUUCUUAGAGAAAUUAGAGAAAAUAAAAAAGGGGGGGGGUGGGGGAAGAAAGAACAAAAAGCCACAGUAGGGGACAGCUCUUCUCAAAGCCUGGUGGUCAGGCCACCCACUUGUUUUGGUUCUCUGCAGCUGCAGUUGCCUCUGUCAGAAUUUUCAGCUGUAUUUUGCAGCUGCUGUUCUGACACAAGUGCAAAUCCAUGACUCUGCAGCCAUGGUUUGGACUGCAAGAACAACCUGCACCUGCAAAACAACAGGACCUCCCAUUCCUGUGACAAGUCCCAUCCUGGAACUCUGAAAGAAUGGGGGGUUGUGGGGUCAGGGAGUUACAGGGUUGCUGCAGGAGUCUGCACAGACCUUGUGGGUACAGUUCAAGUGCCAAGAUGUCAAGUGUUGAAUGUUCUUGCCUGACUUGGUCUGGUGGUGUAGACAGACACACAGCCACUGCCCAGGGCUGCCUGGUGAAUAGCUGAGCCAUCAGGCUCAGUCUGGGGGCCAGGCUUUGUUAAAAUUCCUGGAAUGCAUGAACCUGCCAUGAAGUGAUGCUGUAAAAGAGACAGCAGGAUAAUGGGGGUUGGCUUUGUUAGAAAGCUUUAGCCUUAAUUCCUCUGCCUUUGUGACAGACUGCUUUUCUUUCUCUAUGACUGAUAUUAAUUCUAGGUAGAGCUGCAUGGCAUGCAAAGGGAUCUCUGUUUAGGUUUAUCUUGCAAGUCAGGUGUAACUUUGUGCCACUUUACAAUGAGAGAAUGUGUUAACAGGAUUAGUCUGACCUUGAAAAUCAUUUGGGCAGGCCCAGAAUGUCUAUUACAGUUCAAGUGCAGCUUGAGUGGUUCAAAUGUGUAGUGAGUGGCUAAAUAGUGUAAAAUACCAAGUUCAUGAAAAAAAUAGUGUCUCCAGGUCUGUUUCUAGUGCUGCUUUGACCCUGAUAUCCCAGCACUGUCCAUUGCCAGUUCAGUGGAACCAGCUCGUACCUUGCACAAAGCAGUGGAGUGUGUGAUGGGUGCCCUGUGGAUGGGCUGUCCCAGCCUCUGUGUGCUGGGGGAGGCCCAGUUUGUGGGGUUGGCAAUGGCUGGUGCAAUUCUGAAGGACUUUGCCUCCAAAAUCCGUGUUGGGAGCAUUACAUGUUGCUUCAUGGAGUCGUCAGCAGUUCGUCUCCCACGGGGUUGCCAUUGUCCCCUCAUGGAGAUGUCAUUGUGCAUGAUAUGAUGAGUGACUGGGGCUUUCCUUCUCUGUUAAAAAGCAUGAUUCACAGUCCUGUACUUCAGGCUGGACUGAAAGCAACCACCUGUAGUCAUUAAGUGCAAUAAGGACACCAAGGUGUCACUUCCACCCAGGCCAGUGCUCAAGCAGUGACACACCAUGGGGAGGGAGCUCUUGGCUGCAUGCUUUCCUUUCCUCUCCUCUCCUGUAAGAGCUCAAAACCUGUACAGAUGUUCCUGCCAGAUGCUGGGAACAGCAUCCUUAGCACCUACCCUGUGCUUUGUGUGUCCAAAGCAUUUUACAUGCACACCAGUGGAUUUUAUCUUUCUGGACUCUGGAAUAGAAAUAAAUUGUGUACAGAAAAUGUGUACAGAAAAGUAAACACUUCCCAAAGCAAAUGAACUAGAGUACUUUUAAUAGCUUUUUUGGUGUAAUGUUGCAUAUAAGAGAUAGAACAGCACUUCAGGAUAAUUACUGAAAAAAAAUAUUGUUGUAGUGAGGAUUCAGUUCUUCUGAAUUUGUAUUUGUAAAUUUUUUUUUCCUGUCUUUGCCAGGGCACGGGGGUUAGAGCAGAGCUGAUUUUGGAAGUGACAAACCUAAGCUUUGUCCAUUUUUCUUCUCUGUGUUCUGUAGAAGUAGCACAACUGUAGGGGCUUGAUGCUGCACCAGAGUUUGGGCUCAUUGCUAGACUCAAAUUCAGUCUUCAUUUAGCACCACAUGGAGAGUAACCCUGUUGCACAGGUGUGAAGGCUGAAUCUGAUAAUCAGACCAGACUUUAAUAUGUAUUUUUGAUCCCAGGACAGUUUCAGAGGACUGGAAGCUGCAGAAAUAAUGCUGUACUCUUUGCAAAGCCAAGAGCAGUUGCCCUGGAAGUAACUGAGACCAUUCCACAUCAUUGCCUGGGUCAGAAAACAGAUGUUGUGCUCAUGAAGUAGCUUAGAGGGUUUUAGGGGGAAAAGAUGUCCUGAACUGGAAGGAAAAACAAAAAAUAAUCCAAAGUUUUAAUAGGAAUUUGGGAGUGAGGACAUAGAAGGAUAUAUUGUGAGAAAUUUCCACCUUUUUUACUUGGAUUUUGAGCAUUUAGAAAACUCAAGCCUAUCUUUUUGGAUGUCAAAAUUGGACAGAUUGUCUUUUAAAAUAAAUGCUUUUUUCCCUAAGAGAGGUGGUGUCAAAGUGAUACCUGAUUUAUUUUUUUUAAAAAAAAGGUUUUCAAAUACCAUUUUCCUGCAGAGGAGGGUUUGAAUGGGUUUUGUUAACAUUUCUCUUAAUAGGCUGUAGGAGGAAAAGUUUGAUCCAUCUAGAUUUCCACAUCUGGGAAUAUUUUUUGUAACUCUCCCCUAAUUUUUUUGGGUGCAAGCAGAUAACACAAUCUCUACAUGUUUUAUUUGGUUUAAUAUGCUAUGGUGCAUUUUCAAAUGAAAUAUGUUCUUAAAGCAGAGUGCUGAAUGGAGCUAGAACUGACAAAAAGUCCACAUUUCUUCUGGCAGAGAAGCAGUGAAUGUUCUUACUGACAUAAAGAAUAUUGUGCAAAGAUCAGUGCUGUGCUAUCUAACAAAUGACAAACAAACUAAAAUCAUCCUUACUGAGGGUGUAUUUAGCCAGGCAGAAAAUUGACCUUGUAGUGCACAGUGGGACAAGAAGGCACAUAUUGAUUUUGUACACUCAAAUAGCAGAAGCAUUUAAAAAGGGCUUGACCAGGCCAUGCUGAAUAAAUUGUAUUUAUUUCUUAUAUUAUGCUAAUCAGCCCCCUGAUGCAUGGCACGUGGAAGCAGGGAUCUGAGGCAGUAUUCUCACAAACCUUUUAAUCUGUUUUCUAUAAAGCAGAUAUGUUCUUUUCUUUGUUGUUUUCUUCUUGGAGAUGCAAGCUUGUUUGGCCCACAAUCUGAGACUACUGGUGUGCACCAACUCUGUGUCUGGCUGCCUGCCAUGAACACAUCAAUUAGCCUUAAUUAAAAGCCCUAUAAAAAGGAUUUUGUGCUAGGUUGGGCUCAGCCCUCUCUGCUCCAGGACAGGAUGAGGCUGGCAGACUUUUUUUUCCCUGUGGGACAGGGAAAGUCCAUUAAAGGAUAUUCAGAAAUAUGCUAUUAGAGGAAAAUGUGGGCUUCAGGAGAGUCAAGCUGUUCCAGUAUCCCAAAAUCCUGUUGGAAAGGGGAAUAUAGUAUCUAAAAUAUGUAGCAUCAGUAUAUGGACUCUCUAUUUGCAGCUGGCCUUGCAAUGAACAGAGGGGGUUGGACCAAGUGAUUUCCAGAAAGUCACAAGUUCUGUUUUAUCAUUUGGUGAUUCUGUAGAUUUUAAUAGCACAAACAGGAGGUAAAAUUUGAAGGUUUUUAGUUAUGUCCUAUUUUUUUCUGAUUUUCAAUUUAAAUACCAUGUGGAGGAGUGUGUUGCCAAUUUUCCAGAUAAUAGCUGUGAGAGCCAAUACUCAUCAAACAGACAGCAGAGAAAUCUGGCAUAUUCUAAAACUAUGGCAUAGAAAUAAAUUAAGCAUUUAGUCAGGCAUCAGCUAAAAUCCACACUUGGUGCCAAACACUGAGAAUAAUGUCUCAGUGACUGUGCAGUUUCUGGAAGCAGUGGGCUGAUAUGGAUACAUCAACAACACCCACACCCUCUUCCAGCCUCUUCCCCAGUCCAGGGAAAGGUGAUUACAGUGUCUGAAAAUGCCAUCAAAAUAUCCAUAGAUGUGAGCUGGUUUUCAGUGCUGCCCUGGCCGACCUGCACAUCCAAGGCUGUAGGAAAUGUGCAGGUUUCUCGUUAGUGGCUGGAUCUGGAGGUGAUUUUCAUCCCUCUGGAUUUUCAUCCCUCUGGAUUCAGCCUGCUCCUCAGUGUGUGCACACCAUUGAUGAAAAGGCCUGGGCUUGUCCAAAGGGACUGGGCACAUCCAUGGGGUCUGCCCAAGCCCCAUUCCCAGCCUUAUUCCCUUCUUGUCAAGGCACAUUCAAAGGUUUACACCUGGCUCUGUUAUUAGAUGUUUUCCCAGACUCUAACCUCCUCAAUCUUUAUGAUGGCUCACAGGGUUGUUACUCACAAAAUCCUUCCCAACCUGUGGCUUAGCAACAAGUCUCCAAAUUAAACAGGAAUAACAGGGUGAGCCACUCUCAGGGCAUUAUUUUAUUAAACAAACUUUUAUUUUAUUUUAUUUUAUUUUAUUUUAUUUUAUUUUAUUUUAUUUUAUUUUAUU